AUGGCGUACAGUGGGGUUCAAAUAAAGUUGGUCACAGGUCAGCCUGCCUUUGAAGGAUCGGACGGCCACGAAAGUGACCACUUCCUGUCCAAGUUCCCACUUCAGAAGGUGCCUGCUUUCGAAGAAAAUGGCUUUCAGAUUCAGGAGAGCAGCGCCAUUGCUAAUUACGUGGCCAAUGAUGUGCUACGGGGCACCAGCCCCCAGGAAAAGGCCCUGGUCCAGCAGUGGGUGAACUUUGCUGAGGGAGAGAUUGUUCCCUCCAUGGCUGCCUGGGUCUACCCUACAAUGGGUGUGGCAAACUGCAACGAGCAGGCAAGUAAGAAGGCGAAGGAGGCGGUCCUGGGUGUGCUGUCCAUUCUUAAUGAGCAUCUGCUACCUCGCACGUUCCUGGUGGGAGACACGGUGACUCUGGCUGACAUCUCAGUGGUUUGCGCCCUCCUCCUGCUCUACAAACAGGUGCUGGAGCCCCCUGUGCGCCAGGCCUACCAGAAUGUGACGCGCUGGUUUUGCACCUGCAUCCACCAGCCUCAGUUCAGUGCUGUGCUGGGAGACAUAACCCUGUGUGAGGUGUUGGCCGAAGGUAAGCCCCACCCCCAGCCUGAAGUAUUUGCUCUGAAUGUACCCAGAGCAAGAAUUCUGUUCUUUGAAGUGGCGGAUUACUUUUAUGCAGUUUCAAGCAAGCUCAAGGUCACCCCAGAGAGUGCUGAGGAUCCUCCAAAGACAGAGCCCUCAAAGGACGUAGUGGUAGAGGAAGAGGUGGAGAAUGGUUACGUGUUCUAUUCCCCCACCCCCCCCCCCCCCAGCUCCUUCAUUUUGGAUGAGUUCAAGCGGAAGUACUCAAACGAGGACACACUUACUGUGGCGCUGCCCUACCUGUGGGAGAAGCUGGAUCGUGAAGGCUGGUCCCUCUGGUACUCCGAGUACAAGUAUCCCAGCGAGCUGGGCCAGGUGUUCAUGAGCUGUAACCUCAUCACAGGCAUGUUCCAGCGACUGGACCGGCUGCGGAAGCACGCCUUCGCCAGUGUGGCCCUGCUGGGAACAGACGGGGACAGCUCCAUCUCUGGCAUCUGGCUCCUCCGAGGGCAGGAGCUGGCCUUCGAGCUGUGUGAAGACUGGAAGGUGGACUACGAGUCAUACUCCUGGAGGAAGCUGGAUCCGGACAGCGAGGAGACUCGCACCCUCGUCAAGGAGUACCUGAGCUGGGAGGGCGAGUUCAAGCAUGUGGACAAGCCAUUCAAUCAGGGCAAGGUCUUCAAGUGAGGGCCAACCAGUCAGCUCCAUGAUAAACCAACCACUGCCUGCCCGGCUUUUCAGUGAAGAGAAACGAUGACCCAGUGUGGUGUAUUCUCAUAGCUGUUACCUCCCGGCAUUAUGAUGGCUGCACUGUAAAUGGCUCUACCAUGUCAUAUAACUGAACACUGAAUUUUUUUGGUCAUGGCGUGUGAUCUUGAUGUGCCAGAUGUCUGUCAUUUUUUAGCACAAUAUGUUUACAGAGCAGUGGU